UAUCCCAAAAACUCCAUUGGUGAAUCAUGAGCUCCACAAACUACACUACCAUUCACAAAUACUCAGCUCCUCCUUCACUAAGCUCUGAUGAUCCAAUUCGAACUCAACCCGACGAGGAGGUCCCUUGGUCCACCGGCCUCUUUGGCUGCUUUGAUGAUGUACCCAACUGCUGCAAGACGUGCUGGUGCCCAUGCAUUACUUUCGGACAGAUUGCUGAGAUUGUGGACGAAGGAAAAACCUCUUGUGGAGCAAGUGGAGUAAUAUAUGGGAUAAUACAAAUAGUGACAGGGUGGGCAUGUUGCUACUCAUGCACUUAUCGUUCAAAGAUGAGGAAGCAAUACAAGCUGCGCGAAAGUCCUUGUGCAGACUUCUUCGUUCAUUGUUGUUUCGAGUCCUGCUCCUUGUGUCAAGAGUCCCGUGAGCUCACAAACCGUGGAUUCGACUUGGCCAAAGGAUGGAAAGGAAAUAUGGAAAGAGAGGCGCCAUUGUUUGGAGUGGGGAUGAGCAGAUAAAUGAAGUGGAAGAAGAUCUAUUUGUGUUGUUGAACUACAAUUUUCUAUUUGAUUCGAAAGACAACACGUUGUUUUGUUUUGGUUGUCACAUUGUAAUUGAUUGUAGAACAUACAAUAGCAAUUACAAAGCUUAAAGUUGACACAAAUUAACACUACUUGCAAGAUCGGUGUU